UUUAUUUCAAUUCAAAAAAAUGGAUGAUAUCAACAUUGACCUCAAUAUUGUCAAACAAGAACCGUUCGACGAGUUCGAUAACACAAAACCUAUAGAUACAUUUGUAUCUUCUCAGAAUUGUACAUAUUCAGAUAACGCAAUGCCUAUAGAUACAGUUGUAUCUUCAAAUGAAAUUAUAAAUGAGGUAUUAUCAAAACUGGCGAUUAAACAAGAACCAACUGACAAAGAUUUUCAAAAUUAUACAUCUUCAGAUGACGCAAUGCCUAUAGACACAUAUGACUCUUUAAAUGAACCAGAUAUUAAACAAGAGCCGUUUAACGAAGAUUCUCAGAAUUGUGCUUCAUCAGAUGACGCAAAGCCCAUAGAUACAUUUGUCCCUUCGAAAGAAAUUGAAGAUGCGGAACGGGAGAUCAAAAAAGAAUCUGAAGAUUCCGAAAAUUCCGAAGAUUUUGAAUUAAAAGAAAUACAAAGAGAAAAAAACAAGCAGAAAAAGAUAAAAAAUAACUUAAUUUCAGAGAGUUCUAACAUAUUCUUAUAUGCAAAAUCAUGUCCAAAUUGUAAAAAAAGUUUUAAUUCUCCUUUAAUCAAAAAGAAAAUCAUGCAUUUUAAGUCAUGUUGUAAUUCUAAGAAGCGUUGGGUAGAAGAACGAGAAUUGACAAUAAUGAUUGAAGAUUUGAAAUAUAAAUUUAAAACAGCAAUGGAGAAACAUAAUCAUAACAAUUUUGAUUAUGAUUCUUCUGAAGAGGUGGCCAAAGAUCUGGAAACGAAGAAGAUUUAUGAAUAUUUUUCUAUAGAAAAAUUAAAUGUUGAUAACAAAAAGAAUAUGAAGGAAAAAAAAGUAAAAAAUAAGGAAGAUUUUCGAGAUGAUGAUCACAAAAAGAAAUUGGGGACGAAGAUAGAAACUGAUGAUAUUGUUUGAACGUAUGAUUUUUAGUUUUGUUGAACUGAUUGUCAUUUCACAGAUAUACUAAUCUUUGAGGUACUUAAUAUUUAAAGACACAUUAGUGAUAAUAUUCCAUAAAUAAAGUUAUGAGAAUAGGAGAAGAUAUUUCUUUUUUUUUUUUUUUGAAUUCCAAAGUUUCAUUAAGAAGAAUGGAGGGAUGAGUAAGGGGGUACAGAAAACUGAUGAUCAUUUGAUCAUUUUAAAAUAAAUUAUAAACUAUUUUAGUAAAUGUACUUUAUCAUGAUGAGCACCAUUAUUGAUCCAAGCACGUGUGUCAAUUUAAAGCUGAUCGCCGAUCAGUUAGGGCGUCUAUUUUUUUAAUCCGA